CGGCAAUCAAACGACGGCACGACGACAAGAUGGCCGCCAACCUGAGACGCGCCGAGUGACGAGUAUUUGUGAUUUUUGUGUUUGUGGUUGGAAUUUCUUCACAAUAAUUAUCUCUAAUUAUUCAUGGUUGUAGUUGACGCAUCACGAGAGCAGGUGCCGAUCAUGGGCAGGAAAAGCGGAUCUAAGAGGCAGGCUAGCCUAGAUGCCAGGAAGCAGAUCCUGAAGGUCCGCGGCGACUUCCUCGAGCUGUCCGAAGACGACGAGGAUGAUGAGGUGGUUGAAAUCACUGAAGCACCAGCCAAGAAAUACAAAGUUACCGCGCGCAAAUCAGACGGAGAACGUAAUGUACUACGAAUUGUUCGUCUUGAUGCAGAACAAACGUUGGAACUUGAAGUGUGGUCUGAUGACUUGAGUCCAGCUCAGUUGAUGGCCAGAAAACUCUCUCAGUCUGCCAGAGAUUCAAUUCACACGAUUGUGAAUGAUGUAGUGAAAGAGAACGAUGGUCGCUUGAUUACAAACACGACGCAUUUGACGGCUCUGGAGUUGAAUAAUUUCAUUCAAACUGAAAACGCGAAAAAGCAGUCUAGCAAAUGCCGUUCCGACUGUUGCACGUCCGGACCUGGCCGUCCACCUGGAAUGCGACGGAUAGUUCCGGGAGCCUUACCUCCAAAACCCGGAUUAUCUGUGUUUCUCGAACAAAAAGCAGCCAAAGCUGCAGCUGUUGUAGCGGCAGCAGCCACACUUGCUAAUAAUGCUGCUGCACCAGGAGCCGCACAAGCCACAACACAACCAGUACGACGGAUUGAGGCACCUGUGCCUAAGAAGAAGGCAUUUCUAAAGGGCUAUACAGCCCCCACGACGACGACAACUCCAAUCCCCGGCCCGCCCGCCAUGAUACCAAUCAUCCGCACCGAAGUAACCACCGCGCCGCAGCCGGCAGCGGCGGCAGCAGCUGUCGCUAUUGCCCCGCGACCAGCAACAGUCGUCGAUUUGACCUCUGACGACGCGACCAAAACUGGAACCAGCGCAGAUACGAAGGAAGUGGCGUUUAAUAAACUCCAGGGUAAAACGUUUCCUUCCCUAGUGGUGGUUGCCAGGCCCAGUUUGUGUAUCUCAGAGUCAGGCAACCAGAAUCAAAAUCGCGCUGCGCUUGACCGCAAGGUGAAGCGUUUGCUUAUUUUAGCACCGUCACAGUUUGCUGAGUAUCUCAUUCAGCAAGGACUUGUUAAAUCCGAGCAUUAUUGUCAAACGCAUCCGCAUGUCAAGCUUAAACUCGGCAUGUAUAGUGACGCGGCGCGUUUCCCGAACUCUGGCGGAUACAUUUGGAUCUCCGAGUGUUGCCCGCCAAAGUUCCUCUCUGUGUUCCACGAGUCGCUCUUCGAGGGCAGUCAGCUGCCUUCGACCAACUUUAAACUCAUCUAUCACUGGGCAUGUCAGACCAACGUGCAGAAUGUGUUGCAAUGGGUAAAAGUUGAGAAUAUUUAUCUCAAAGGGUUAUACACUUGGUUGCGUGGUAUUUGCACGGUUGCAUUACACACACACUUUCCAACUCUGGGUGGGUUGGGUUGUGCUGUUGAAGUCGGGGUGAUCUCACUCGGUACAACCACACAUGACGGGGCGAAUCGACACGUGAAGGUCGAAGUCCUCGGUGUGCUGGAGACACAAACCAAACGCUUGAUGCUGCGCGCUGUUGAUCCCAACGACGCGGAAAUUGGUAAGUCAGCGAAGAAGCGGUUUUCGAAGAUUCUCGAACCUUUGCUGGAUUGGGUGAAUCCGGAAAGCACGUUGGUCAUUGACAUGACCAUUGAGAAGCAAGCCAUGCAUGCGAUGGGCUUUAAAAACAUUGCCCGAAAUGGCACCAAUGGUGCGUCGAAUCAGACUAUCAUGGAUUACCUUCGCCGCAUCGUACCUAGAAUGUUCCAGAAUACAUUAUCUCUGCUCUCGCGGCAGAUCAUCCAACAGUUUUUGGAUGAGUUGGUAUGGAGGGAAAUGUACGGCACCACUGCGUACGAUGCGUUCCACAGUAUUCAAAAACACAUCUCCGAACAAACGCGGGUCUCUAGCGGGACGUCAUUCUUUACUCGUCUGAAUAAAGUCGCCGCGAAUCCGUUCAAGCGAUGGUCUAUUCAGGAAUAUCUCAAGAAACCACCAAUCCGCCCCAAGCCGAAACAAUACGGUUCUGCGCCGGGUCUUCAACCAUCUCUCUCCGCAAAUAGUCAAAUGUUGCAACAAGUUUGCAAAGUCGCCAUUCCACGCGUGUUGAAUAAUGCUCUGGGAACGCCUAGAGUUGCGCAAAUACCCAAGCAGUUGACGUCGCUCGAAUCGUACUACUACGGCACAGUUGAAUGUGAUCCGGUUGUUGAAGAAGUCGAACUGAAUGUAAAAUGUCCAAUUUGUCAGAAAGUCUACGGGACUAAUACGGAUCUCAUGCUGCAUCUCUUUCGGCAUGUUGCCACCGCUGAUUAUUUUUGUAAGUAUUGUCUUAUGGAUUGCGGCUCGAAGCACAAUCUCUACACGCAUUUGGAGCUCAAGCAUGCGAUUGAGACGAAAGCCGGCAGGUUUUUCAACUGCCUGAUUUGUCACGACAAAUUCAAUUCGGUCGUGGUGCUCGGUAAGCAUAUGAGUAUAGAACACUCGCCAUCUGAAUUACCCUAUCAUUGUGGUAGUUGUGAGUACAAGAGUAGUUCGCACAAGGCGAUCAUUGAUCACUUCUAUAAGAAGCAUCGGAAGCAGGCGAUUCUGCAGUGUCCGUUUUGUUUGAGCAUUACCAAAAUGGAGGAGAAUAUGACGGCGGAUGCGAAUACUUUCCUCCAGCAUCUCAUUGCGCAUGCGAAAGGGAAGAAUCCGAAGGGAGCUGUGAAGAAGUGUGCGCGGUGUGAUUUGCAGUUUUUGGAUAAGGAGGAGUUUGAUCAGCAUGGAGAGAGACAUAUUUGUUACAAGAAUGAGCCGAAUUUCAAGCCGUAUCCUGAUGCGAAGAAUGCGUAUAUGGUACCGAAGAGUUUACGCGAUGAUGAACUCAAAGAAACGAAGCAGAACAGACCGGAACCGCAGGUUCAACAGUGCUCUGUCACUUUUUCGAUUCCAGAAGAUUAUAAAUGCAAGGAAUGCGGGAAAUUCAUUUCGGUUGAAUCACAUUUCAAGGAUAUUAUGUUCUGUAUGAAAGCCGACUGCAAGUAUCAGACGAUGUGUAAAACUGCGAUGAUGAGUCACAAAGUGUUGUGUAAUUUGUACAGCAAGAAGGUGCAAGAACACCCCUUGGACUUUGAGUUGUUUUGUGUUUGCGGAUUCAGUAGUUCGGAUGGUAAUGAAAUGGCUGGUCAUUUAGCAAUUUGUGAAAGAAAAUCAGCUUACCCUUCAGCAGAAGCAGCAUCCAAAGCAUCCAUUACUCCCGGAAUGCUCGACGUGCUUGGUUUAAUUCGCAAGGAUGAGUCAAAAGACCCGGAAGAUAUCAAACCGAAGAAAACGCGGCCUGAGCCACGGCGUCGUAAACGCAAAUGGCGGCUUAGUGACGUCAGCGAUAACGAAGAGGACGCGGACGAUCCCGACUAUAGCACCUCCGAUGAGGACUUUCGAGUGAUGACGAAAAAACGACGAAAACAGACGAUUACUGUGAAACCGCCGAUCUUAGAAGAUAGCGUUAAUAGUGCAGCAGCAGACAAGACAGCCGAGAUUGUUGAAAACGAAGGCGAUGCAGAACAAAACGAAGCGAUGGAAGAAUCACACGAGGACAAAGAAGAUGAGACCGAAGAGAAUGACAUAGAGAAUGAGGCUGAUGGUGGCGACGAUACUGAAGCGGUGGAGAUGAACGAUAACGAUGACAAGGCUGAUGACGCCGCGGCCGCGGUGGAUACGUAAAGAUGAGUUUUUGUUUUUUAUGUUUCGAAUGGGUGACGCUUGACAAGGUAUCAUGUUACAAUUAUGAACCGAUAAGUUUUGUUUAAAGGGAUACUGAAGAUAUAUUAAGAUUCGAUUGCAUUCUCUCAUUUCCAAUAAUGCAAAUUUAUUAUGCUUUCAAAGUAUGUAGUCACGUGACUUUGAGCUAUUUUUUAUACUUGUAAUGGUUGAGUGCGUUGAAGUAAACAUUUUCGUUGAAUAAAGUAUGUUUAGGAUUGUACAAAAUAAAAA